AUGGCAGUCGUCCAAACACCGUUCGCGAUGACCCUCGGCCAGCAAAACAAAAUGUACAACGUGAUCCAGCACUCGCCUCAGCAAUCAAUCAUCGUCUCUGGAAGCAUCACCCAACCCACCAAAACCGUCAUCCAGAGCAAACGACCCCUGGCUCCGGCCCCGGAAAGGACGUCGGUUUUAGUCACCAAUAACUCGGAUCUGCGAUGCAAGAGAAAAAUCCAGUUCAUGCCCUACGGACCCCAACAGCAACCGGCGUCGGUGGCCAGGAGAAACGCCAGGGAACGAAACCGAGUCAAACAAGUAAAUAAUGGAUUUGCAACGUUGAGACAACAUAUUCCUGCAAGCGUCGCUGCAGCUUUUGCCCCCCAAGGACCAUCGACAGGACGUGGAGCUUCGAAAAAGCUCAGUAAAGUCGAAACUUUAAGACUAGCAGUUGAAUACAUCCGGAGUCUCAAACAAAUGAUCGAAGACCAUGAAAAUGACACGACCGGAAACUCCGGUGAAGGCUCCCUCCAAGAAAACCGAUAUUACAACAACAGUCCGGACCAAUACCAAUCCUACCAAAUUUUACUACCCACCCCCACAUGUUCGGAGGCCUCCUCAUCACCCACCCCCUCACACAGUUCCGAAAGUUCCUUCUCAGCCGCCUCCAGCUACACCAACACGAUUUACCACCAGGAAAAUUUCGAAAAUUACGAACCGAAAAGUCCCGAAGAUGAGGAACUCCUCGAUGCGAUAUUCUCCUGGCAACAGAACGAAUGA